CUCCCUUCCCUAUCCUCUUCGUCUCGGCUUCGAACAGCGAAAGAGUUCAAUGGCGGCGACAGAACCGGUGAAGAAGAGCUCGGAAACUUCUCCGUCUCCGGCGAGGGCAGUUCCCAACUUCUUCGUCUCGCUCUCUUCGGCAUUUUUGAAAAUACCUCUCGCGCGACCGACCAAACCGAAUCUGCUGCUCCUUCCACCGGCUUGCGAGUCGUCCAAUGUAAUCCACGACCUUCACCGGUCUCUGGUAAAGGCGACCGAGAAAUUCUCUGGGUUCGUCCACUCGCUUGCUUCUCGAAACCCUCUCUUCCAGAAAGCUGUUCUCUUGUCGUCUGAACUUCAAGCUCUCUGCCACGAGAUUCGUUCAAAAAACCCGAAAAUGGUGCGGCUUCAGCUGUCUAACCAUGGGUUUGCAGCAGUUCUACCAGGAGAUUCGGUUGCAGGUAUGGUGGUUGCCAACGGGUUGAUGAACUUCUUCAACAUAUACAAUUCCCUCCUCGUUGUUCGACUUGUGUUAACAUGGUUCCCCAACACCCCUCCUGCCAUUGUUAGUCCCCUAAGCACGAUAUGCGAUCCAUACCUAAACAUAUUCCGUGGGAUCAUUCCGCCUCUUGGAGGAACAUUGGAUUUGUCUCCGAUCCUGGCGUUCCUUGUUCUCAACGCGUUUACUAGCACUGCUGCAGCUCUUCCUUGUGAACUUCCGCCAGCUGAAGGAGGACCAUCUUCUCACGAGACAAAACAAUCUGAGAGAUUUCUGAAUCGUUUUUUACUCGGCCAAAACAGGGGAAAUUGAGUCAGAAACAUGAAAGAGGACACCUGAUAGCACUUUGGUGUUGUAUAUUCUGUGGAUCUUAUACCUCAAUGAACAUUGGUUUACCAUCUGAGCAAAGACCGAUAUCAAAACGACAGGUCGUGAGAAUCUCGUGCUGAAUGGUCUGAUGAUACGGCUGAGUUGUUUCUGUGGAAAUAUUAUAUCUUCUUGUGUUGGGAAGUUGCUUA